CUUUGGUUGAGCUUCAGAAACUUCUAAUGCUUGUGCCUUGAAUGGUGCAUGAUUGCUAAGAUAAUAUAGUGCGUUGCAAAUAUCGAUGUAGAAGUUCAGUUCAACAGUCUCUUUGGCUCAAAAUCAAGAACUCAAAGAAACUAUAUUAGCUACAAUACCAAUGGAAAGUAUUGUGUGCUUCUCCUCGUGUUUAUAGAAGGGUGUUGUUUACUUAUGGGUUUAUAAGAUAAUAUCGUAGAUAUCACCAUCACCAAGGUCCAAGAACAUGACAUUUGUCACCCUAAUUUGUACAUAUCUAGAAGUUUUAACGACCGACGAGAAAGAACUGGUAACCUAAGAUGUCCAUUCAUCUACCCAUAUGCAUCUUAUAAAAAGGCAACCUUACAAUUAUUCACAUAAGACUAUCUUCAACAGACUCUCUAUCUCACUCACUAUUUCACUUUCUAUUUCAAACUAAAACUACACUCUGUAAACAGUGCAAUCUACAAUGCAAAAUAGUAUUUUGCACGGCCGUUUAUACGGCCUGUUGGAGAUGGCCUAAGUAGGCCUGAGGUGCUGAUAUGUUAAUCUUGAGAUAAGGUCUCUACUGUUGCAAGAAUAAAAGACAACGAUAUGCUACUUAAGUACUUAUGCCUUUCUUUUACCCUAAGUGACCUGAACAAGUGCAACCAUGUCCAUGCAUGUCACGUUGCAUACAUGUUGCCAUGUUAGUUGAGUUCAAAAGUCCAAAACACGGUUAUUAGAUUUAAAGCGCAGGUUUAAAAUUAUAGAAGCAAACAUGCACCACCAAGUCACCAACUCCAGCCUCCAGGUCAAGCUUCUCUGGUGCAUAUAUGAGCUCUACGCCUCUACAGGCUGUUGCUCGUCUGCAGCACUAGACAAGGAGAAUAAAACUCAUCUUCUCCACUUCACACCAGCCAAUUUAGGGCUCAGCUUUAAUUGCCGGGAAUCCAUUGGGAGCUAGCUCUGCAAUUGCAAGGUAAUUUGCUGAGAGGCCAUAUCCAUCAGUUCGAAGACGACGUACGUUGCAGGAGGCCAGCCGGCCGUCAUGGCUAAGAGGGGUGACUACAUGGACAGCUCUUGCGACUGCUCUAAUGGACGAACCCCUAAAAGGCUGGUGCAGGAUUGCAGCAGUUAUGCGCAGGCGCAUGCUAAGAAGAAAGUUCGCAUUAGCACAAGAACUGAGUACACAUACGCUCCGUAUCACGAUGGCUACCAGUGGAGAAAAUACGGACAGAAGAUGAUCCGGGGAAGUACCUACCCAAGGUGCUACUAUAGGUGUACAUACCACCAGGAUCAUGGCUGCCCAGCAACCAAACAUGUGGAGCAAAACAAUUCGCAGGAUCCGCCACUGUUCCGGGUAAUCUACACAAAUGAGCACACAUGUUGCAGCACCCAUGUCUCAGACUAUAUGGCUUCAUCUAUAUACAUCCAGCAGAUCGCCGAUGCCUCUUUGAGAGAGGCAGAGGUGGAAAUACCUAGCCAGCUGGCCCAAUGUUUCGGUGGCCACGAAUUGAUAGAAGAAGAGAAUGAUGCCAUCAUCUCCUCCUUGCUCACGGCCAUCAGUGGUUGUGAUGUUGCAACAUUAGAUGGCGGGCAGCAUGCAGCCAUCGAAGAGAACACACCUGCUCGGAUGCCCAGAAGCAGAAUUGAGGCUAGCCCUUCGAUUUCACCCGUACUGUUGCAUGCAUCGUCCGAUAAGCUGAAAACAGACUUCAUCGAGCCACUGGAGACCCAAUGGUUCGAGCUUUUGGAUUUAGGUUGGUUCAUAGAAUAAACAGACUGGUUGACCUAUUAUCUAUCUAUUAGCUAUAAACCUAAAAGUACAGUAAACACAUCCAUAACCGUCCUGCGGCUUUUAGGAUAUGCACUGCCAUAAUAUAUGUAAUUGUUCUGUUUAAUUAA